AUUUGUCAUGAUAAACCCUCACUCAACGCGGCUCAUCGGCUCUCAAUCAGUUCGGUAGCGCCGUGCAAGGAACUAACACCUGUAAGAGCACGGGUCCAACAUGCUCGCCCUCCAGGCAGCCGCGCUGCUGCUGCUGGGCGUGGCCCUGUGCCAGCCGGCCGCCGUGCCCGAGGACCUCAAGCAGUCCAGCGCCCAGGCGCCCGUCCUGGACGCCGUCAAGAACCGCUUCCAGUACCGCAGGCUGGGGUACCUGCCGCCGCCGCCGAGGCCCGGACGCAUGCUCCGCGCCAGCCCCGUGGAGGAGCUGUACGUGGAGCAGAUCCUGGACCACUUCACCGUCACGGACAAGAGGACCUGGCAGCAGCGCUACUUCAAGCGGACCGACAUGUACGAGGACGGCGGCCCGGUCUUCAUCUACAUCGGCGGCGAGAGUCAGGAGGGCGCAUCCCGCCUGGCGGACUUCGGCCUGUAUUUGACCUACAUGGCGCAGCUGCUCCGGGCCAAGACCUACUCCCUGGAGCACCGCUACUACGGCAAGAGCCACCCGCUCCCAGACCUGACCACCGCCAGCCUGCAGUACCUGUCGGCCGACCAGGCCCUGGCCGACCUGGCCUACUUCAUCGAGUUCCUCAAGAAGAGCGGCGAGAUCGAGGACGGGCAGCCCGUGGCCGUGUUCGGCGGCUCGUACCCGGGCAACCUGGCGGCCUGGGCGCGCCAGAAGUACCCCCACCUCAUCAAGACGGCCAUCUCCUCCAGCGCCCCCGUGCACGCCAAGGCCGACUUCGUAGAGUACAUGGAAGUGGUCGGUCGUUCCCUGAACAGAGUGGCAGGCGAGUUCUGCUUCAACAACAUUAAGAAGGCCACGGACAGGGUCGUGGAGCUCCUCAAGACGACCGAGGGCUACGCCACUGUGAAGAAGGUCUUCCGCAUGUCCACCGAGCUCAAGGACAAGCUGGACCUGGACGCCUUCUUCGAGACCCUGAGCAGCCCGUUCGCCGGCGCCGUCCAGUACAACCGCGACCACCCGCCGAAAAGCGUCUACAGCAUCAAGUACAUCUGCAGCUUCAUGGCCGGAGACGACCUGACGCCGGACGAGGCCAUGAGCAAGCUGUCCAAACUGGUGCUCGGCGAGCCCGCGGACCCCAACAAGACGUUCGACUGGUCCUACAAGUCCAGCAUCAAGCAGUACCAGAGGACCGAGUACGUGCAGGACAAGUCAGGCGAAUUCAGCUCGGAUCGCCAAUGGAUUUACCAGACGUGCACUGAGUUCGGAUACUACCAGACCUUCUCCGGGAAGGACAUCCCGUUCCCCUCCGGCUACAACGACAUUCAGUACAGUUACCAGACUUGCAAGGAUCUAUUCGGGGAUGACUUCGACGAGAAACUCAUCACCGGCGCGGUGGAGCGCUCGAACCUGGUGUUCGGUGACCGCUCGCCCGACGUCACCAACGUCCUGUACAUCAACGGCAACGUCGACCCCUGGCACGCACUCGGCAUCCUGCGCAACGUCAGCGCCACCAAGGCCCCGGCCUUCGUCGUGGACGGCGGAUCCCACUGCGCUGACAUGGACUACCCGGACGACACUUCGGACUCCGACGAGAUCAAGGCCGCCCACGAGAUGGUGCACCAGUUCCUCCGCACCACCCUCUACGAGGUGCCCGACGGCCAGCCCGCCGACGGCUAGAGCAGGCUAGCGCGCCCACCCCUCCUGCCCGGCGGUCCAGCGAGUGGACUCGCAGCCGCCAUCCCAGUGACGGAUGUGACGUCAACCCCAGGCUGCGAGUUUGCACCCCUAACUGAACUUGAAUGACAAAUAAACCAAACAAAAGCGA